UUCCUUCCACAACGAUCAAGAUGAAAGUGCUCGUAGUUCUUGCCCUGGCUAUUGCCACCGUCUCCGCCGGCGUCCUGCCCAACAGUGUACCCGUGCAUCCUCGUGACUUGCCCGCCGUGCCCUCCAUUGAGGGACGCAUCACCAACGGCAAGACUGCCUCCGAGGGUCAGUUCCCCUACCAGGUGGGACUAAGCUUCUCCAGCUCCAGCGGCGGCUGGUGGUGCGGUGGCUCCAUCAUUGACAACCAGUGGGUGCUGACUGCCGCUCACUGCACCAGCGGUGCCUCCUCGGUGACCAUCUACUAUGGUGCUCUUCAGCGCACCAGCGCCAAGCUUACCCAGACCAUAUCCAGCUCCAACUUUAAGCAGCACACCAGCUACAACUCCGUUACCUUGGCCAACGAUAUCUCGCUGAUCAAGACACCCACCGUCUCCUUCACCGCCUACAUCAACAAGAUUCAGCUGCCAGCUAUCGCCAGCAGCUACUCCACCUAUGCUGGCCAGAAGGCUAUUGCUUCCGGCUGGGGCAAGACCUCCGAUAGCGCUUCCGGUGUAACCAAUGUCCUGCAGUACCAGUCCUUUGAUGUUGUGUCUGUCGCCACUUGCCAGGCCACCUAUGGCUCUGCGGUCGCCAGCUCUAAGGUCAUCUGCAUUGCCACUCCCAACCAGUCUUCCACCUGCCAGGGUGACUCUGGCGGCCCAUUGGCCCUGGAGAGCAACGGCAGACUUAUUGGUGUCACCUCGUUUGUGUCCAGCGCUGGCUGCCAGUCUGGUCUCCCAUCUGGCUUCACCCGUGUGACCAGCUACCUGGACUGGAUCAAGACCAACUCCGGCGUUUCCUACUAAAUGCACUUUCAAAAUACUCCGAAAAUAAAAUAACUUUUGCAAAAAAUGUAA